CCUCCAAAAUUUAUGGUGUGAAUGUUGUUGUCAAACAGGGUUUUAGGGGAGGGCUCGUAGCAGUCCUAAGGCCCAUCUUCCCCUUUUCCCUUUUCCCUGACCCUUGUUUCUCGCUCCUCCCAACUUAAACCCUAAACCCCAAGUAUUUCAACCAGAAAAAAGUGAAACCUUUGGAACCCCAGAAACACAAUCAACAACCUAGGGAGAGAGUGAGAGAGGAGAGAGGGGAGAGAGAGUGCAAUGGCGGGACGAGGAGUGAAGCAGCAAACAAUGUCGGAAAGCACGUUGGAGACAGAGACAGAGACAGAGACAGAGACAGGGACAGAGUCAGAGUCGUCGUCUGUGGAUCCGAAAGGAGGCGGAGGGCUUAGAUGGCUUGAGAAGCUUUCGGACGUUCCGAUGGGAAAACUGCCUCCCCAUCUCGAGUUCCAGAGGACCCAUGUCGAAUGCAAGGCUGAUGCUCCCCUUCAUACCGAUACUAUACAGUAUUCUGGUGCCUACGCAUCGUUAGGAGUUGACAAUAGUGUACGGAUGGACAGUUUCUGUGAUAAUUUCAGAGUUGAAGUGAUGCGGUUAACAGAGGAUGACAUGGAGUUUGAUAUGAUUGGUAUCGAUCCAGCACUUGCCAAUGCGUUUCGGAGAAUCCUUAUAUCCGAGGUGCCAACAAUGGCUAUUGAAAGAGUUCUUAUUGCAAAUAAUACAUCAGUCGUCCAAGAUGAGGUGCUUGCCCACAGGUUGGGUCUCAUUCCAAUCAACGUUGACCCUAGAUUGUUCGAAUUUGCAGGAAAUAAUACUCCGAAUGAGAAGAAUACUAUUGUCUUUAAACUCCAUGUUCGUCGAAAGCCAAAUGAACCGAGUUCAGUAAAAUCAAAUGAAUUGAUUUGGUCACCAAAAGGGAGUGAAUUUCUUUUGGCAUCAGAAGAUUCUAAGUCAGCAGAUACAUCCUCGAAACCAAGAACGUACACGUCAUUCACUUGUAGACAAGACUCCCUGCCAGAAUUUUCCAACAACGCAAUCAAGGUCAUGGAAAAUAUUCUCAUUGCUAAACUUGGUCCUGGUCAGGAAAUUGAACUGGAAGCGCAUGCUGUCAAAGGAAUUGGUAAAACACACGCUAAAUGGUCCCCGGUGGCUACUGCUUGGUAUAGGAUGCUUCCCGAGGUUGUACUUUUGCAAGAGGUUGAAGAUGAGGCUGCAGAGGAACUUAAAGCUAAAUGCCCGGUUGGCGUCUUUGAUAUUGAAGACAUUGGCAAAGGUAGGAAAAGGGCAACCGUAGCCCGACCUCGAGGUUGCACACUUUGUAGGGAAUGCAUUAGAGGGGGUCAACAAUGGGAAGAUCGUGUUUCGCUGCGUCGCCGCAAAAAUCACUUUAUAUUUAACAUUGAAUCAACCGGAGCUUUGCCUCCAGAAGUGCUAUUUACCGAAGCCGUGAAGAUUUUGGAAGACAAAUGCGAACGAGUGAUUGCUGAUCUUUCAUGACGGUUUGCUGUUGAUCUCCUUAAUACCAAAAUCUAGUGUUAAAGGAUUUAUUGGCUUGAUAAAAAAUACUUCUGUACAAGGAUAUGUUUUAUGUUGAUGCAAUCAAGAAAAGGGUCAUUUUUUCUUCA